CGCCGUCAAAGCCGCGACACUUUUAUAGCUGGUUAUUCGUCGAUCCUUGUUUCUCUUUUUUUUUUUUUAAUCCACCUCUCCUUCUACGAGUAAUAUUUCGAGAUUCUUUCGUUUUAUUUGUUUUUAGCUAUCUUUCUCUCUUCUCUCUUUUUUUUUUUUCUUUCUUUGAUCGUCAAACAUUUUUUGUCUUGCACAGAUAGAAAGAAAGAAAGAAAGAGAGACAGAGAAAAAAAAAAGAGAAAGAGAGAGAGAGAGAGAGAGAGAGACAAAGGAAAAUGAGACGACGAGUUGCCAGUGUCUUCAAACUCGGACAACGUUUCGUACUUAAAAUUCACGUCGAUCGAUUAAUUAUUAAUAAAAAAGUGUAAAGAGAAAGAAGAGUACGUUGAUUGUUCAUAAAAAAAAAAGGGGAAAAUAGUGAGAUAGUGAGUCGACAAGGGAGGAUGCAACGUGAGACUUCAGAGGUGAUAAAAGUACAUUUUUUAUAACAACAAGAACAACAGCAACGACAACGACAACGACGGCGACGGCGACAACGGCAAGAAUAAUCGAGUGAUUAUCGUGAUCGUUCAAUAGAAAAAGUGUGUGCUGAAAAAGGAGUCAGUCAUGAAAGAUCAAGUUAGGCGAUUUUUCGUGUUUCUUCUUAUUUUUUCUUGGACUCUCUUAAUAAGGCGGAUAUCAACUUCUUCAGCAUUAUAUUUUCCACAAUCAAAUUUAAUACUGAGAUUACCCUACUUGGCAAAUAAGGAUGCAGAUUUCAAUUCGAACAUAAAAUUAUUGACACUUCAGACACUUCGAAACGAUUCGACGGUACCGAAAGAGGUGAAAUAUCAUAUCUCUAGUACAUAUGACAAAAUUGUCAUCUUCGACGAAAAAACCAAUACAAUUUGGUUACGAACUCUACCGAAAAAUAACGUAUCCGGUACUAUUAUCGUUCAGGCAAAGGAAAAUGGUGGCGACGAAGCCUUUUUGGAAAUAAAAAUACAACCAUUGCCAACCAGGCAGAAUAAAAUAAAUUGUGCUGAUUACGUCCAGGACAUGUGUUUUUGGAAUUCCUCGCGAUAUCGAAUUUAUGAAAAUCAACCUGCGACUAUGCUCGGUCCAUUUGCAUCAGAAGUUUAUAACGAUAUUUGUCCAGAUUUUCGUGUUACCAAGUACGAGUUAUUGAAUGGAACAAAUUAUUUCCAUUCGAUAAAUAAUAUACUUUAUGCGAAUUCGUCGUUGGAUCGUGAUGUCCUUGGCCCAACGGGCGGUCCAGGACCACAAGUCAAUAUUGAAAUACGUUGCAUCGUUUAUGAGGAAACUACUGGGAAGCAACAUGCUUUGAUACAUAUUUUGGGAGUCGAUAUAUUGGAUCAGGAUGAUAAUCCUCCUAUAGCACAAAUGGAUACCGUCGUCGAGAUUACUCUACGAGACUUUACCGUGGGCGACAGGCUGGAUGAGAAUAAUCUUAUGGUGAAGGACGCUGAUGACAUAAAUAGUAAUCGAUAUAUCGUUCGUAUUCUCGGGGAUAUUCAUAAUGCUCUGAACAUCACAUACGAUACGAUACCGAUCGAACACCCUAAACAUCCGCAGAAUCCUGCGUCAACCGCUAUAUUCACUAGAAUUUACGCGAAAACUACGCUUCUACCGAAAUCACCUUAUCGGGUUAUCCUUCAGGUUAAGGACGAAUCUCUUUUACCAGGAUAUGGAGAAAAUUCGGUAAAUACCACGUUAUCUUUCGUCGGGCCACAGCAUCGAACAACCACACCGACGGCUGCAUCGAUCCCUUUAAAACAUCCGAUCGUCUAUCCUGAAAACGUCAGAAUUGCUCGUGUGUCGUCUCGAUAUUUUCGUGUUACACAGCCGACAAGUAAAGUUAAUCCAAGAGUAUCUUUUAGUAUAUACGGAUCGAAGGCUUUCAAUGUGACCGAAAAGGGUGGAAUCGUACACGUGAUCAAUUCUACUAUACUUAAAAUCGCACCGCCCAUCAUACCUUUGAGAUUAGAAUGGCGAGUAGGAGAUCAACCUAUUUCAUCCACAACAAUAAAAGUUGAUAUGACCGACGUACCACCCUCGAAGAUAAACAUUUGCAAUCAAAUCGAAGAAAUAGUUCAUUCCUGUGCCAAUGCUGAAUCUCGUCGUGAUUGUGAAUCGAGCUGCGGAGUUGGUGGUGGUAGUCUCAACAAAGACACAUAUGUAGGACAAUGCAUAUGGCGUUCGAACAACAAUAGUUUGUCAACUCAAAUGUCGGAACGUUAUGCGACAUGCUCACCAGAUUUAAACUUUUGUCCUGAUUAUACGUGUGACGAAUUGGAACGACUCGAUGCUCGUAUUUGUCCGCAGGAUUGUACCAUAGAAUCCGAGGUCCAUUUUGCCGAAAUGAAUAAGGGUGGUCGUGGCAUAAGAAGCGGUUUGGGGAUGUGUUCGUGCAACGAUAUGGUACAGUGCACCUGCGGCCUCGAAUCCUUUCUAAAGGUUAGUGAUGGUGGGGAUAAUCCACUUACAACGCCCAUUAAAGAGGGAAACGGAAAAUUAAAGAAUGACAAUAAAAAUAAGGAAUCUAUGCUUUGGGCUCAAGAAGCAUCCAGCAAAUCUUGUGGAGCAACCUGUAUAAUAAGCGUUUCUAGUACUGCCAUCUUUAUUUUUAUUGGUAUCGUCGGUUUCCUUGCAUCUUGGUCAUACAGGUUGGCAGUAAAGAGUACUCAUCGAGAAUGCAAACAUAGAGUGGACGACGGUUCCAAUGGUAUGGGAAUUUUACCAUCGGAUUACAUCGAUCGUGGUGACAGUCUUCCUAUUAGCGUUGAUACUUUUGCUACUGUCAAUCGUCAUCUACUUCCUAAAACUUGUCCGCCGGAUCCAAAAUGGGAAUUUCCACGUUCUCGGUUAACGAUCGAACAAGUUCUCGGAGAGGGUGAAUUCGGACGAGUUUUACGAGCUAAAGCUAUCGAUAUAGGUGGUUGGCUUGGACCAACCACGGUAGCUGUAAAAACAUUAAAAGAAGAUGCCUGUGCUUCCGAACUAGCCGACCUUCUCUCAGAAUAUCAACUUCUAAAAGAAGCUCAACAUCCUAAUGUUAUUCGAUUACUCGGUGCUUGCACCUCACCCGGUGGUCCAGUUUAUCUUAUAAUCGAAUUUGCUGAAUUUGGUUCCCUAAGAAAUUACUUGAGACGCAGUCGACAUUUGGAAUCCGAAGGAAAAGUUCUUUGCUUGACGUCACUUCUUUCUACAUCACCGAAUAACAUGAGAGAGGAAUUACAACAAGUCGAUACUUUGUCGAAUUAUACGAUAACUCCACGUGAUAUUCUUUCAUUCGCUUGGCAAAUUAGUAAAGGAAUGGCAUAUCUCGCAGAUAUCAAGUUGGUCCACAGAGACCUGGCUGCUAGAAAUGUUUUACUGGCGAUUGGUAAAGUCUGUAAAAUUUCGGAUUUCGGCUUGACCCGUGACGUUUACGAGGAUGAUGCUUAUUUGAAGCGAAGUAAAGGCCGUGUACCCGUUAAAUGGAUGGCACCGGAAUCCUUGGCCGAUCAUGUUUACACUAGCAAAUCGGACGUUUGGAGUUUCGGUGUACUCCUUUGGGAAUUGGUCACUUUAGGAGCAUCUCCAUAUCCUGGGGUGGACGUUCAUAAUCUGUAUAAUCUUUUAAAGGCUGGUUAUCGUAUGGAGAAACCAGCUAAUUGUUCUCAACAACUGUAUAAAUUGAUGGUCUCGUGUUGGCACGAAGAACCUGGAAUGAGACCAUCCUUUAAGGAACUCACGUGUCAUUGGGAACGUAUGUUAGAAGAUGGAGUGGAAUACUUAGAUCUGAAUCCAAGAACCGUCCAUAAUCAGGCAUACUUUGCUUCUCUUCAUGCUUUAGAUAGUCCAACCAGUUCAGGUGAUCAAGAUAUAGAAGAAGGCAAGGUGAAUAUUUUAAAGACAGAUACAGUUAACUAUCUCAGCAAACCUUCCUCGGAGCCUGUGACGAAGUGCGAUAAAAUAGACAAACUCCAUGCACUUUGGCAGGAACCAAUAGCUUCUUUUCCAACCGAAUCUGUGAAAUCGCCGUAUGUGAAUGAUCGUCCACCGAGCUUAAACAUCAAUCAUUAUGAAAGUCCAAUUAAAUUAAGGAAUACCAGUGUUACUAGUAAUAGCGAGAAUGAUCUAAAAACACCACCGAAUGAACGGCCACAAUCUUACAUAGACAUGCAAGGGAAGAAUACGAAAGAAACAGAGGAUUUAUUGUUGUUCGGCAGUUUGGAAAGCAGAGAAGACAACGACAAAACUAAUUGAGGAUAUAAACGAAACAAAAGUAUUCGUCAAGACGUUCAUGAAUCUUUUUAAGAAAGAUUUUGAUGAUCUGAUCAAGAUGAUUGAUGAUUAAUGAUAUCGAGGAUGAUGAUAGAUAUGAUG